AUGGGUGCCAUGAGAGUGGUAGCAUUUUCACCAUCAAAUCAAUGGUACGAUAAAAUCCAAACCCAUUUCUCAAACCACCCAAACAGAGCAAUCAACACAAACCCACAUCUUCAAUUCAACAACACCCAAAACCAAUCCAAUAGAAGAAACCUAUUUCCCUGUUUCUCCACAGAUGCAUCAAAAACUCCGAACCCACCAACCCCUCUAACCAUCACAAGCUCACCUCUUGUUGUAGUGGGCUCAGCCAAUGCAGACAUCUAUGUGGAGAUAGACAGGCUGCCCAAAGAAGGCGAGACCAUUUCAGCCAAGAAUGGCCAGACCCUGGCUGGUGGCAAAGGCGCCAACCAGGCUGCCUGUGGAGGCAAGCUUUCUUACCCAACAUACUUUGUGGGUCAGGUGGGUGAGGAUGGCCAUGGGAAGCUGAUCACUGAGGCUCUGCAGAGUGGUGGGGUACACCUUGAUCACUUGAGUGCUGUCUCUGCUGCACCCACUGGGCACGCUGUGGUGAUGUUGCAAUCUGAUGGGCAAAACUCCAUCAUCAUUGUUGGUGGUGCCAACAUGCACUGCUGGCCUGAGAAGCUUUCUGAUGAGGAUUUGGAGGUUGUGAGGAAUGCUGGGAUUGUUUUGCUUCAGAGGGAGAUCCCAGAAUCGGUCAACACUCAGGUUGCAAAGGCUGCCAAGAGUGCAGGCGUACCAGUCAUUUUGGAUGCUGGAGGAAUUGAUGGACCAAUCUCCCAGGAAUUAUUGAACUUUGUUGAUAUUUUGAGCCCAAAUGAAACUGAGCUUGGUCGUUUGACAGGAAUGCCGACUGAAAGCUUUGAACAGAUUAGUCUUGCUGUGGUGAAAUUUCAUAAAAUGGGUGUUAAGCAAGUCCUAGUGAAGCUUGGGUCCAAAGGGUCUGCUCUAUUUGUAGAAGGUGAAGAACCAAUUAAACAAUCUGUCAUCUCUGCUGCAAAAGUAAUCGAUACAACUGGAGCUGGUGAUACGUUUACUGCCUCUUUUGCGGUGGCUCUUGUGGAGGGCAAGUCCAAAAGGGAGUGCUUGAGAUUUGCGGCUGCGGCAGCUUCUCUUUGUGUUCAAGUGAAAGGAGCCAUUCCUAGCAUGCCAGAGAGAAAAUCAGUUUUGAAUCUUCUUCAACCCAAAACUGCCAAACAAAGAAGCUUGCAGAUGGCACACUUUGAAGUGACUCCUACAGGUCCAGAGGAAAACUCAGCGCAGAUGAGAAUCCAACCAGAAAAACUCGUAUCUUUUGCCGCCGCCUCCUCUAAGCUCUCCUUCACCCACUCUCUCUCAGCUCUGUCACUCAGUCUCUCUCUGUCUCUUUGCGUCGAAGACAUACGCCACCGCACAGGCGCAAGGCGUACACCACUGGUGCGGCGUCACACCGCCUUAAGUCAAAGAUUCCGUUCUCUGGCUCGCCGUGAGCUUAGUUACAAGUUACAACACCUAAUGGCUGACGAUUUGACUGCGCAACUGGCCACAGCAACCUUAGACAACAAUGCCUCCGUUCAAAGAGCGCAAUUUUCUGAUAGAGUCCCCAUUAAAUCCAUCAUUUUGCGGCCUGAUGGAGGGUCCGGGUUAGCCGGGAAGCUAGCUCGGGUUGGUGGUUGGGUGAAGACUGGUCGGAAGGCCGACAAGGAUGCAUUUGCAUUCCUGGAGCUGAACGAUGGGUCAUGCUCGGGCAACCUUCAGGUCAUUGUGGAAGCAGACAAGGGUGACCUUGGGCAGCUUGUGCUGACUGGUACAAGUUUGGUCGUGGAUGGCGUGCUUAAGCUUCCCCCAGAUGGGAAAAGGCAGAAGGUGGAGCUUCGGGUAGAGAAGGUGAUCCAUGUGGGUCUGGUUGACCCAUCGAAGUACCCCUUGCCCAAGACCAGGCUCCCCCUUGAGUUUUUGAGGGACUAUGUUCAUUUACGUUCCAGAACCAACACGAUUUCUGCAGUCCUUAGAAUCAGAGAUGCCCUGGCAUAUGCAACCCACACAUUUUUCCACGAUCAUGGAUUUCGUUACGUGCAGACUCCAAUUAUCACCACCAGUGAUUGUGAGGGUGCUGGUGAGAUGUUUCAAGUCACUACCUUGAUUAAUGAAGCUGAAAAGUUGGAAAAGGAUCUUAUUGAGAACCCUCCUCCAUCAGAAGCAGACAUUGAAGCUGCCAAGCUUAUUGUCAAGGAGAGAGGAAGUGAUGUUGCUCAGCUCAAGUCUGCUAAAGCAAGUAAGCAGGAAAUUGGUGCUGCUGUGGUUGAGCUUCAAAAGGCAAAGGAUAAUUUUGCGAAACUGGAGGAGAGAUCCAAGCUUCAACCUGGUAUCCCUCAAAAGGAUGGGAAGAUUGAUUACACCCAAGAUUUCUUUGGCCGUCAAGCCUUUUUGACUGUUUCUGGCCAACUACAAGUCGAAUCUUAUGCAUGUUCUCUUAGUACUGUCUAUACAUUUGGGCCAACUUUUCGAGCUGAGAACUCACAUACUUCGAGGCAUUUGGCAGAAUUCUGGAUGGUGGAGCCUGAAAUAGCAUUUGCAGAGCUCGAGGAUGAUAUGAACUGUGCAGAGGCGUAUGUGAAACAUCUAUGUCAGUCGUUACUUGACAAUUGCAGGGAAGAUAUGGAAUUUAUGGCUGACAAAAUUGAUAAAAGUUGUAUUGAUCGUCUAACAAUGGUUGCUAAAACACCCUUUGUUCGGAUAACUUAUACAGAAGCAGUGGAGCUGCUAACUGAGGCUGUAAAAAAUGGUAAGAAGUUUGAGAACCAUGUAGAGUGGGGGAUUGAUUUGGCAUCUGAGCAUGAAAGAUACUUGACAGAGGUGAGAUUUCAGAAGCCUGUUAUUGUUUAUAAUUACCCUAAAGGGAUCAAAGCAUUCUAUAUGAGGCUCAAUGAUGAUUCAAAGACAGUGGCUGCCAUGGAUGUCCUGGUACCAAAGGUGGGAGAGUUGAUAGGGGGAAGCCAAAGGGAAGAACGUUAUGAUGUUAUAGUGAGCAGGAUAAAGGAGAUGGGUCUGCCCCUUGAGCCAUAUGAGUGGUACCUUGACUUGCGGCGCUAUGGGACUGUAAAACAUUGUGGUUUUGGUUUAGGCUUUGAACGAAUGGUUCUCUUUGCGACCGGGAUUGACAAUAUUAGAGAUGUUAUUCCAUUCCCCAGAUAUCCUGGAAGAGCAGAUCUUUGA